CCGCCUGCCGCCACUAUGGCCGCCGCUGCCGCCGGUCCGCCCGCGGAGGCUGCCGGGAGAGCGGGCCGCCAGGGGGCGCCACAUCCGGGGCGGAGACGGCACCGCCAUGGCGGCAGCGUUCAAAAGGAGAACUGUCGGCCUGAUGGAAGAGAGUUAGGUGAAUUUCGGACAACCACUGUCAACAUAGGUUCAAUUACAACUGCAGAUGGUUCUGCCCUGGUGAAGUUAGGAAAUACCACAGUGAUUUGCGGAGUAAAAGCGGAACUUGCUGCACCUGCAGUGGAUUCUGCUAAUAAGGGAUAUAUUGUUCCAAAUGUGGAGCUGCCAUCCCUCUGUGCAGAGAGGUUUCGCUCUGGACCACCUGGGGAAGAGGCUCAAGCAGCGAGCCAGUUCAUUGCAGAUGUGAUUGAAAAUUCACAGAUGAUAGUGAAAGAAGAUCUGUGUAUUGCCAAUGGCAAGCUUGCAUGGGUUUUAUACUGUGAUAUCAUAUGUCUGGACUAUGAUGGAAACCUUCUGGAUGCCAGUGUCUUUGCUUUGUUGGCAGCAUUAAAAAAUGUGCAAUUGCCGUUGGUUACGAUAAACGAAGAAACUGGUUUAUCAGAAGUUAAUUUAAAACAGAAGAAUCCUUUGUUUAUCAGAAAGCAUCCGGUUGCCACAUCAUUUGCUAUAUUUGAUGACACGCUACUCAUUGUUGAUCCAACUGCUGAAGAAGAAGAUUUAGCAACUGGAACAGUAACCAUUGUAACUGAUGAAGAAGGCAGACUGUGUUCUGUCCAUAAACCAGGUGGAAGUCCUCUUACAGGAGCCAAGCUUCAGGACUGUAUCACCAGAGCAAUUACAAGACACAAAGAAGUAAAGAAGCUGAUAGACAAAGUAAUAAAAAGUAUAACACCCAAGUGAACAAAAAGAGAGCUCUUCUCAAAAAUGGAUUUGUAAAAAUUGUAUUUGUUACAGUGUUCACAAACCUUUUAUACUAAAUAAACAAAUACCAAUACUA